AUGAGUACAUCAGGGAAAAGAGAGGGGAGGUGUAAGUGCUCCAGGUGUAAUAAAGUCCUCCCCUUUAAGAGAGCUAUCGAAAAUAUUAAAGGUUGAUGUCUGCCUGUCUGUAAGAAAGGUUGCCUGAGUCUGAAUUUGCCCAUCUAUGAGCACAAAAAAACAGACACUGAUGCAAAGGACAGGUACACUAGAGAACGCCCCCAAACUGACCGCCAGGUGGCACUGUGGACAAGGCACAGUUUGGUUGGUGGUCCACCAAGUCUGGAGUGCAGUGUGAAAGUUGGGCGUGAAACCCAGCAUGCCUAUAUACCUCGGCGGAAUAUUAUUCUGUCUUAAAAGGGAGGGAAAUCCUGACACGCUACAGUAUCAAUGAACCUUGAAGACAUUCUAAGUCGAGCCUGACACACAAGGACAAAUAGUGUAUGAUUCCACUUAUAUAAGUUAGUUACCUAGAGUAGUCGAAUUUAUAGAGAAAAUAGAACGGUGGUUUACAGGGGCUGGGGGAGGGAGAGGAAGGAGGAGUUAGUGUUUAAUGGGGACAGAAUUUCUGGGAAGAUGGAAGAUUUCUGGGGAUGGAUCGUGGCGAUGGUUGCACACCAGUGAGCAUGUACUUACUACCACUGAACCAAGGAUAAGAUGGUAAACUUUAUGUUAUGAAUAUUGAAUAAGCAAGCCAGACUGUUCAUACUGCUGUGUCACACCUGCGGGCGGUAGCUGCACUGUCUAAACUAGGCAAGGAAGCAGGGAGAGGAUGUUUCCCCACCGUCGGUUCCCUCGUUCCUCCCCAGAUCCUUGGUCAGGUGUCUGUUUGCAUCUUGUUCUCAUUUAUUAACUCCUACUGAGCAGUGGCCUUGAGCCAGGCACUGAGAAGACAUUCUCCAGUGGCCGAACCCUUUUCUGCAUGGUCUCAGCUUCCUCUUGUCUGCUCCAUCCACUUCCCCCAGCCAUUCCUUCAGUCCACAUAUUUUUAGCUUUCUUCUCUCACUCAGUUGCCAUCUCAGUGAAAAACGCUUUGCGCAGUACCUUUGGCUCAUUAUAUUUUAAUUUUAAGACAGGGUUAAAGGGGUAAUGGGUGGAGUUUGCUACAGAGAACGCCCUUACUGCGGCGGCUCUAUGGCAGACACAGACUAAAUCAUGCUACAGCAGCAGCCACCCCUCCGACCUCACUGGCUUCAUGCUGAGUUCACCUUUUGCUCACAUUCUGUGCUCAACGCAGGUUAACAGAGGGUCCGCUCCACGGUCCCACAGGCUUACAGACGCCUCGCCCCCCCCAGACGCGCCAGCUAGAGCACAGGCACUGGGGUAGCUUCAGCAGGGGAAGAGAGCCCGCAGACGUGCAGACGGCUUUUCACUGCCUCGCCCAGCAAAUCACCUCCACCUCCGUUCAAGGUCAGAGCUGAUCGCAGGGCCCUGGGAGUUGCAGCUGGACUAUUUGGUUCUCCACUAGUGCAUUUGAUGGCUUGGGGUCCUCUUGGCGAGGAUGCUCUGCAAUGCCACUUGGAUAACAGUGGCAUCCUCCAGACCUCGGGGUGAGGACAGACAACGAUGGGACCUUUUCCAGGAAUCCAAGCGCGCCACACUGCUGCAGACUCUACCCCUGCUCUCUCCCAAGGAUCUGGACCUUGGCCAAUCGCAGGGGGUCAGGUCGUUAUGGCGACGGGCACGCUCACCGGCAACAUCCAGGGAAGGUCUGCUCGCGGAGAGCCCGGGUGAUGGCGCAGAACUUGUACGGCCCUGGAGUCCGGAUGGGCAACUGGAACGAGGACGUCUACCUGGAGGAGGAGCUCAUGAAAGACUUCUUAGAGAAGAGAGAUAAGGGACAGCUUCUCAUACAGAGAAACAGAAGACUAAAAGAGUGUCUUUUGAGACCGAUGCAGCUUUCCAUCACUGAAGACGGAUACGUUCACAAUGGCGACAAAGUGAUACUUGUGAAUCUGGACCAUCCUGAGGUAGAAGCUGAUCUGUUUCUCCGUGGGGACUUGAGCCUGUGUUUGACUCCACAUGAGAUUAGAGCCCAUCUGAGUGACAAAUUCGAGGUGCCCUGUGGCCUGAGUGCAGCGCCAACCAAGAUCCCUGUUGGCAGAAACACGUUUACCAUUUUAAGUGCGGACAGCGAGGCCGUCGGUCAAGUCCUUAGAUACGGGCAGAACUUUCGCCUCGGGAUAACGGGGGGAUUUGAAGACACCAUGUUAUAUUUAUCAAGUGACCACAGGACCCUACUGAAGUCGUCUAAGAAGUCUUGGCUGCAGGAAGUGUACCUGACAGAUGAAGUCUCCUACCUGAACUGCUGGCAGGCUGCCUUCCCCGACCACCAGCUGCGCCUGGAGUACGAAGGCUUCCCCGUCCCGGCAAAUGUAAAAAUUCUCAUCAAUCACUGCCACACGAAUCGGGGACUGGCGGCCCACCGGCAUCUUUUUUUAAGUACCUAUUUUGGAAAGGAAGCCGAGGUCGCCGCUCACACACACCUGGAUUCACACAGAGUGGAAAAGCCCAGGAACCACUGGGUGUUGGUGACGGGAAGCCCCAGGCAGGACUCGCCCACCAUGCUGCACCUGCCCAAACCGCCAGUGGAGGACACCUGCGCCCUGGAGCAGGCGGCUGACCCGGGGGCCCAGUGACACAGCAGGGCGGUGGGGACAGUGAGAAACAAGGCAAAGACCCUGCCAGUGGGGGAGGGAAGCAGCAGCCGCCAGAGCGAUUGUGCACGGAGCCCUCCAGGAUCCUGGUGGAAGAACAAGGCGCUUACUCAUGCCCGGGACUAGG